AUGAGCGAAAAACCUUCAAUUACAUGGCUUGAAAAAGCUAUUCGCGAUGAGUGGAAGAAUGGUGGAUUGACUGUCGCUCUUAAAUGUCUAAAAGUUAGUACAGUUAAUAAGGAAGAAUAUACUAAAGCAUUUGUGAAGGAGGUAUGA